GGAACACUAGCCAAACCACGCGCCGUCUUCCUUCCAACGCGCCUGCGCAGAGACGCGCCGCGGGUGAAGUUUGUCCCCGCCGCCUCCCGUAGCCGGCGUCUGCGGUCCAGUGUCCGCGAUGGCGUUCCAGUGUCAGCGCGACAGCUAUGCCCGGGAGUUUUCCACCGUUGUGGUCGCCUGCUGCCCCACGGAGCUGCCGGCCUUGGCGGGCGAGGACCCGAAGGCGGCGCGGCGCGGGUUCCGGGUGGUGCUGGAGGACACGCUGCUCUUUCCCGAGGGCGGUGGCCAGCCUGAUGACCGGGGUACGAUUGACGAUGUCCCUGUGCUCAGAGUGACCCGCCGGGGAGCCGAAGCCGAUCACUUCACAGAGAUGCCCUUGGCCCCGGGGAGCCAGGUCUGUGUCCGAGUGGACUGGGAGAGGCGCUUUGACCACAUGCAGCAGCACUCGGGGCAGCAUCUCAUCACCGCAGUUGCCGAGCAGCUAUUUGGACUGAAGACCACUUCAUGGGAGCUGGGCCGCCUGCGGAGUGCCAUUGAGCUGGACAGCCCUUCCGUGACUGCGGAGCAGGUGGCUGCCAUCGAGCAAAGUGUGAAUGAGAAGAUCCGUGCGCGGCUGAUGGUGAGUGUGCGUGAGCUGAGCCCCGACAACCCGGAGGUGGAGCAGGUGCGGGGCCGGGGCCUGCCGGACGAUCACGCAGGGCCGGUGCGCGUAGUCACCAUCGAAGGUGUGGACGCCAGCAUGUGCUGUGGGACCCACGUGAGCAACCUCAGUGACCUGCAGAUCAUCAAGAUCCUGGGCACCGAGAAGGGAAAGAAGAAUAAGACCAACCUGCUCUUCCUGGCUGGGCAGCGUGUGCUGAAGUGGGUGGAGCGGAGCCACGAGAGUGAGAAGGCUCUGACCUCGCUGCUCAAGUGUGGGGCCGAGGACCAUGUGCAAGUGGUGACCAAGCUCCAGAGCUCCGUGAAGCUCCUGCAAAAGAACAAUCUGAACCUGCUCAGAGACCUGGCCGUGCACGUGGCCCGCAGCCUCAGGGCUGAUCCAGACUGGGGUGGAGUGGUGGCGCUGCACAGGAAGGACGGCGAUUCCGAGUUCAUGAACAUCAUUGCCAACGAGGUUGGGGCUGAGGAUACCCUCCUGUUCCUAACCGUGGGGGACGAGAAGGGGGCCGGGCUCUUCUUACUGGCUGGGCCCCCUGAAACCGUAGAAACCCUGGGACCCAGGGUGGCUGAGGUCCUGGAAGGAAAAGGAGCCGGGAAGAAAGGCCGCUACCAGGGCAAGGCCGCCAAGAUGGGCCGGCGCAUGGAGGCGCAGGCACUGCUGCAGAAACAUGCGAGAUUGCGGGGCUUGGAGGGCUGAGAAGGCACAUGUGUCUACUGUGGAUACACAGCUGUCUGCUUCUCGGUGCCACCGGGGAUUAAACCCAGGGCCUCCACACCA